GGAAAUGUCGAGCGUUUAAAUGGUCUUUGUUUGGAAGGAUUCCCAGCCCUCCGUCUCAUAAUUAAAACUGGAAAACAAUGUAUGACAUUCAACAGUUAAGAUGGAGGAAAACCAGUAUACAUCAUUGACGGUUUCUACGGAUUAUUUUCAGCAGUGGUAUCAGUCCAGCCAGCAGCACCCUGAGGUGCAGCAUGUGAUGCCAUAUCACAGUGUGGGCCAUUACACUGAAGGGUCCAGAGAUGAGCCUGUCAUGACUGAGCUCUCUGUUCACCGGGAACAAACUCUUUACCAGGAACCUUUUUAUCAGAACUACCCCCUUGCCCCAAAUCAUUUCCAGGAGUCAUCCUACCAGCAGAACAUCAGGCAGCAGCAGCACCCUGCAGUCCUGGAUCACCCUCAGCAUCAACAUGAAACACAGCAGCAGCAGGAGCUGAGUUUUCAGCAUCACUCUCAGCCUGCCAGUUCACCACAAGCUGUGACACCAGUGAAGAAAAAACGAGGGCGGCCUUCUAAACAGCAGGCCGAGGAGGGCAGAACACAGCAGGACGAGGAUGAUGAGGUUGAAGCCGCCAAGAAGGCAAAGAGGGCCCUCAACCGCUUCAACGGCAUGUCAGUAGCUGAGGUUAUGGCCAGAACCCUGCCAGACAUUAUUACCUACAAUCUUGACAUUCUGAUUAUUGGAAUUAACCCAGGACUAUUGUCAGCCUUCAAAGGACACCAUUACCCAAACCCAGGAAACCAUUUCUGGAAAUGUCUGUUUCUGUCUGGUCUGACUGAUCAGCAGCUCAACUACAUGCAUGAUCAGAGCCUCCCGGAGAAGUACAGCAUCGGGUUCACCAACAUGGUGGAGAGGACUACACCUGGCAGCAAGGACCUGUCCAGUAAGGAGAUUCGUGAAGGAGGUCGACAACUACUUGACAAGUUGCAGAAAUAUAAACCAUUAAUAGCUGCUUUCAAUGGAAAAGGUAUUUAUGAAAUCUUCUGCAAAGAAGUAUUUGGUGUGAAGGCAAAGAAUGUCGAGUUUGGUCUACAGCCCUACAAAAUCCCUGAAACUGAAACGAUGUGCUACUUGAUGCCAUCGUCAAGCCCCCGUUGUGCCCAGUUCCCUCGAGCACAGGAUAAGGUGCAUUUCUACAUCAAGCUGAAAGAACUGCGAGACCAGCUGAAGGGCCUGGCACCCAGCCAUGAGGUGGUAGAGACACAGUACUCCUUCAAUCUGCAGCUGGCUAAAGAGGAUGCUAAGAGAAUUGCGAUCAAAGAAGAGCAGGUGGAUCCAGAGUAUGAAAGCUGUGGUGGCCUGCAUAACGACGCGAGGCAAAGCAGCAACUUCUCCAACUAAAAGACACAGAGGAGAGGAGAAAAAACAGGCCAGUGAGCUGCAGCACACAGAAGUGGACAUUGUCGACCAGGCAGCAAGCGGACAGCAUGAUAUGGAACCACUACAGCUGGAGAUGUCUGCUCAGUAGAUGCCAGCUGUACUAGUAGCAAGGUCCAUCAGUAUGAAGUCAGGUACGAAGCCUCUGAUGACACCACAGAAGAAGAGGAGUCCCACCGAGGCAUCGCAAAGUUACGCACAAAAGAGGAAGUGUCCUCAACAGUUACAUUACUCCCAGAUAGACGUUGCAUGAUUUAGGUGUUGUUGUUUUUUUUAAUCACAGUUUAUUGUAUAUUGUAAGGUAACGUGUCCAGUGACCUAUUUUUGUAUCUUUAUGUAUGAGAUUCUAUGAUUUAUCAAUUGUAGUCUGGAAUUUCUAAUCUGUAAUUACGGAGUUAAUAAAUCUCUUUAAA